UAAUGGUCCCUGGCUGUGACCCUCAGAGGUAAACAACAGCUUGGCGUGUGUGAGGCAGAGAAUCAUCAAGAAACAUUGUUAUAAUUGUUUCUGAAUACUAUAGGAGACUAAACGUUAUAAAAUGGAGACCAAGACUGUAGAACCAACAGUGAUGGAUGUAACAGGUGACUCACAACUACCUGGGGACAGUAGUGAGGGGGCCUCCAGUGAUGGGGCUCAGACGUCCUCAUCCUCAGGGGCUAGACAAAGAUCCUACAGUCCUCCAGGUGCCCCUAAGAAGAAGGAACCCAUGUGUAUAAUUGUCCUUGGUAUGGCUGGCUCGGGCAAGACUACAUUUGUGAAGAGACUCGACUCCCAUUUGAACAUCAGAAAGCCACAUCAUGUUAUAAACCUUGACCCGGCUGUUGAUAAGCUCCCUUAUAUAUCUUAUAUUGAUAUACGGGACACAGUUAACUAUAAGGAGGUUAUGAAGCAGUAUGGUUUAGGGCCUAAUGGUGGUAUUGUCACGUCCCUAAACCUCUUCUCAACAAUGUUUGAUGAUGUUUUAAAACUAAUAGCUAAAAAAGAGGAAGAGUUAGAUUAUGUAAUAUUUGAUACACCCGGUCAAAUAGAAGUGUUCAACUGGUCAGCUUCUGGACCCAUCAUUGCCGGGGCACUCGCGGCCACUUACCCAACCAUCAUUGUAUAUGUCUUGGACUCCGUUCGUUCUACUAAUCCUCAGACGUUUAUGUCCAAUAUGCUCUAUGCUUGCUCAAUUCUUUAUAAAUACAAACUUCCUUUUAUUAUUGCCAUGAAUAAAAUUGACAUUGUUGAUUGUAAAUAUGCCAUGAACUGGCUACAGGACUUUGACGAGUUUCAGGACGCACUUUCCUCCGAGUCAACGUACGCCUCUAAUUUGACGAGGUCGCUGUCUCUCGCACUGGAAGAGUUUUACAGCACCAUCAAGGCUUGUGGUGUCUCAGCAUUCACAGGAGAAGGAAUGGAUGCCUUCAUGCACCUCACAGAUGAAGCUGCCAUUGAAUUUGAAGAUUACCGUUCAGAACAUGAAAUGCUGAAGAUGAAGAAGAAGAGCAGAGAGGAGGAGCGAGAAAAGGGUGAUCUUGAGAGAAUUGAUCGUGACUUGAAGAAGGAAGGCUUAUGCUCAGUGAGGAAGGCAAUUAGGAAAGACACUGAGAUCUACUUGACUCAUGGAUCAGAUAGUGAAGGGGAAGGAGAAGUACUGGAUGAAGAAGACACAAUGGAGAAGAAAGAACUCGAGUCAUUUCAGCAAUUUCUCAGCAACCAAAAGGCAAAGAGGGAGCAUCAGAGAUAUAAUGUACUACCUAACUCCUAGAACACUUAACUCCAUGUUGUGUAUACUUGUGCUAACGUUUGAAUGAGUUGUUUGUGAACUGAUCACCUGGAUUCUUUUCCCCCAAUUAUUAUCAUGUGUACAGCAUUUGAGUAGAAAAGUAGAAUAUAAUUUCUCCUUGCUAAAGUAGUUCUCAACUUUAAACUUUUCAGACUCAGAUUUCUCACCCCCUCACCUUUUCUUAUGGAGACUUUCUUCCUUAAAUGCAGGAUGGUUGAUAAUGCACAAACACACACAUACACUCGUUGUCAUUCAUUCGUUGUCAUCAAUGUAAAGAUGUGUCCUUCUAUGGUACUCACCUCUCAGUUCAUCCUUCACCAACUAGGAAAUCUAAAUACAAGUACAAAUUAAGAUACAUGGUGCAGUACAGGUUGGACCAUCAUCCACAUUACAGGUCUGGCAAUCUUUUCUUCAGUAAUAAUACAGUACACACAGCUUACACUUUUAUCAGCCCAGGAGCCACUUUUGAUAGUUCAACUCUUAUAGAAAACAUCAGGGAAUGGUUUGUUGUAUAUAGUAUUUGAGGCUAUUUUCAUGUUAUAUCUUUCUUUUUGUACAAAUAUUGGGAAGCCUCGUGCUGUCUCUUCACUGUGUCCACAUUUGUGAGUCCUGAAAGUCUGUGAUGAUUAUUCCAAGAGUUUAGUGUUAAUUUAAUUCAAAGGUUAAUAGUUGUGGUAGUGGUUUUAUUAGUGAGGGUUUGCUCUAUCAGCUGACUUAGCAUAAAUUUGCAGUUACAGAAUUUUAUAAUCUUCCAUUUACUCCCAGAUGGCUUCUCUGAACCCCCUUUAACAAAUUAUAAUGGAAGGCUUCUUUUAUUUUUAUAUGUAUGUAAUUAAUCAUUUAUGAUUUAACAUUUAAAAUCCUGAAGUGCAAAAUAGGUUUGCCUGUUAAAAUAUUUGGUCCCUAAAUUUUUACUUUUAAGUUGUGAGUUACUGGAAUGAGCACUGGUUGACCCCAAGUGUUGCUUUACUUAGCAUCUCUGGUGGCCAUCUUUCGGAUGUUAUACUGCUGUGGGGUGCAUUGAGCUGGCACCAGUUACGGUAGGCUCUCGCCAAUAACGUCUAAUAGGUGCCGCCACCCCAAGAAUUUCACUCAUUCUCCCCCUUUGAAGCCCUCCUAACACUUUUUGUUAGCUGAAAUAAAAAGAAUUGUUAUUCAAUCAUCAAAAUAAAGAAUUUGAGUAAUAUAACACUGACCUUGGAGGAGGUUUUGAGGCGCUUGGUGUGAUGAUUGUUCCGAGGCUGGGGCAUGGAGGCUACUGCGUCGAACCUCCGCCCACUUCCCUAGCCCCAUCUCCUUCCCCGUCCCCACGCUGGCCUCUCGCACCUGGUUCACCCACUUCCGCUAACACUUCAUCAAACCCUGCAAAGUCAGAAUCUUCAGGCAUUUCCCCAAUGUCAUCAAUGUCUUCAUCAACUUUAACCUCUCUCUGUUGGUCUUCCUCGGCUGGCCGGUGUUGUGAAAGAAAGCGAGUGAUGAGUGACUGCUGCCGGGCAUUCACUCGCUCAUUGUACUGCUUUUGGUAUUUUCUUGAAAUAGAUUUUACAAAUCCAAUCAUUUGCUCCCUUUCACCUGAGUCAAUCUCAAUGUCUUAGAUCAUCUCUUGAAAGCUGGUACAGACACCCAAUAAGAGUGACAGCUUCUGUGUCGUCACUUUCCUCUGCUCGGUCUCCCCUGCAUCACUCGCUGCAUCACCACUCUCACCACCUUCUUCAUCCUCCGGGAGAUCCUUGACGUCAUUUGUGUUACCAUCUUUCAUCAGUUCUUCUUCCCGAGUCACUUCUUGAAAUCUUGGGGCUGGGAUACUGCGGACGGUUUCCAACACUUGGUUCAUUAGCUCUGCUGGCUGCUGUCUCUUCGUCUCGGCAGAUUUGAGUUGUGGCAGGAGUGCCGACCAGGCAUGCCUAACGUUUGCUUUUGUAGUAUUUCCCCAGGCUUUUACAAAGAAAUAGACUGCUUGGCAAAUGUUAUAAUUUUUCCAGAAGGCAAUAACAGUCAUUGUGGAGGUUUCAGGUAAGCCAGGUGGAGCAGGGGUGGCGGGGGUUGCAGGUGAGCCAGGUGGAGGAGUAGAGGCGGAGGCUGUGGGUGAGCCAGGUAGAGCAGCGGAGGCGGCUAGGGUAGGGAGGAGAGGAUCCUCCUCCUCGCUACUGCUCACAGUUUCAGCAAUUUCCUUCACUUCUUCUUGUUUAUCAGUUUCCUUCCUCAUCUGUCAUGGACAUAUUUGUAGUACAGCAACUUUACAUUCGCUGUGAUUUCUUGGUCUAGUGGCUUUAUUUUGGAGGUUGUAUUUGGUGGUAGAAACACAACCUCAACUCUAGGGUGACGUCCUACUAGAAAUCGUGCAUGACUGGGGGUAUUGUCUAGAAAGAGCACCACUUUGAAGGCUACAUUCUUCUUCCAGCAGUAUUCUUUGGCAUUGAGUCUCCUUGUACAUGAUUUACAGUUAUAUGACUUGUAAUUACAUACUGAAAUUUACAUAAGUUGCAUAAGGGAUUAUUGAUGUUCAGUAUUUUGGAACACUUAGUAAUUUGUCAUCACAUGUACUAUUGUAUACUGGUGGAUGACGGAUGACUUGUAAUAAUAUACAGUAUUUAAAUUUACCAAAGUCACAUAAGGAAUACUUGAUGUUAUGUAUUUUGUACCAUAAGGUAACAUGCAAGAUCUGAUUUUCUUGGUGGUAUUAUUCUUGACAUUGUACACACAAGUUGUCACUAGAUGAGAAGAAUAGCUACACAUGUCAGCAGUUGAAUGGUCAUUGCAACAAAUGGCAACAUCCUGUAAAUCAUUAUUUUUUAUUGACUGUCCACAAUACCUUCAACAUAUUAUUAUACUGUGAUGCGAUUGUUUUCAGAUUGAACGGCAAUACUAUAUUUCCUGAAAUACAGAUUACAGAAUGUUCAUUUAAUUUUAUCUUUUGUAGGUCAUGAAAACCUGAAGAUUGAAUAAGGUAUUAUCUUAUUCAGUUUUUUAAGACCAUAUAGGCCAACCCUGCUGUACAUACUACAUAAUAAUCUUAAAAUCUGUUGUUUGGAAUAAAUUGAAUAGAUAC